AUGUCUGCCUUCUCGGAGGCGGUGCUGGAGAAGAAGCCGUCGGAGCUGAGCAACUCGCAGCAGAGCGUGCAGACGUUGUCACAGUGGCUGAUCCACCACCGCAAGCACUCACGGCCCAUCGUCACCAUUUGGGAGAGGGAGCUGCACAAGGCCAAACCAAACAGAAAACUGACAUUUCUUUAUCUUGCCAAUGAUGUCAUCCAGAACAGCAAAAGAAAAGGGCCAGAAUUCACAAAAGAUUUUGCGCCAGUCAUAGUUGAAGCCUUUAAGCAUGUUUCCAGCGAGACUGAUGAAAAUUGUAAAAAGCAUCUUGGAAGAGUGCUGUCUAUUUGGGAAGAAAGGUCUGUUUAUGAAAAUGAUGUGUUAGAACAACUCAGGCAAGCUCUCUAUGGCGAUAAGAAGUCUAGAAAGCGUUCAUAUGAACAGAUAAAGGUGGAUGAGAAUGAAAAUUGUUCAGCGCUAGGAUCACCAAGUGAACCUCCACAGACUAUAGAUCUCAUUAGAGCCUUACAAGAACUUGAAAAUGCAGCCUCUGGUGAUGCAGCAGUUCAUCAGAGAAUAGCUUCUUUGCCUGCUGAAGUCCAAGAUGUAUCUCUGCUAGACAAAAUAACAGAUAAAGAAUUGGGAGAACAGUUUUCCAAGAUGGUAGAUGAUGCAUGCAUGCUGUUGGCAGAUUACAACGGUCGAUUGGCAGCAGAAAUAGAUGAUAGGAAGCAACUAACUCGAAUGUUAUCAGAUUUUCUUCAUUGUCAAAAAGAAGCCCUUGCAGAGAAAGAACAUAAGUUGGAAGAAUACAAGCGCAAAUUAGCCAGAGUAUCCCAGGUUCGAAAAGAACUCAGGUCUCGAAUCCAGAACCUACCAGAUUUGUCUCGGUUGCCCAAUGUCACAGGCAGCCAUGUGCACCUGCCAUUUGCUGGAGACAUCUACAGUGAGGAUUGAUGACAGUACCUUUUUCCAGGGCCUCAGGAC